GGGGUAUAGCUGUGUCUGUGGUGUUUAAGACGAGGUGGACUGCAUAUUGCAAUCACAUUCGACGUGCGAAGUAGUUUACUGUUACUAGUCUAGUUUCUAUGAUAAAAGUUAACUACAACUGUUAAGAUUGUUUUUACUUAAAUGUAUAAUUUAAGUUACCUUUACUAGUAUAGUUACUUGUAUAAUAAGCUACCGUAAGCGGCAGUGAUUAAGAAAGCUUAGAGUUGUAUAUGUUAAUAGUCUGAAAUUCAUUCAUUCCUUCAAGUCGUGGUGAUUAAGAGAAUGACCUUUUUUUGUGACCUCGGUCUACAAUUCCCGCCUAGCCUGCGAGAGGACUACUUGCAUAGCCGCGAGUUUUCUCGAUACACGCGAUUUAGGAAGACUUGAAUUUUCCAAAAAUUGAAAAAUCAAUCAACUUUAGUUUGAAUGCCAUCUUUCUUUCAUGAUCCUCGUCGGCUUUCUCGUAAUGAUACUAGCAUGCUGGUGUACGUGCAGAGGGGGACAGGAUGAGUACGAAAACACUCAGCAGCAGUCGCAAACGGACAGGCGAGACAGGCAACCUGACUUGUUAGACAGGUUAAGGCGUCCCCUAAUGAUCUCUGAUUUUGAGAGAGAAAGUCAUACUGGGAGGGACAUUUUCAAAGGGAAAACAGACAUCCUGAGAGUGAAAGAGACGUUUGUUCCAAGGGAUCUCUAACUAGAUUACUCGAGCAAAAGUUGACAGAAGCUCACCGGAUGGAGG